CGUGCGUCCGACACAAGCCAAAAUCGAAUUGCCGUGUUCCAGGCCAUCAUGCCUCCCACUCCGGACUACAGCGUGGACCUGGACCUGGGCGAGCCUCCACCGGAGCUAAUGGAGUACGCUCAACAGCAUCUUGGAGAAGACCCCAGCACCAGACUCCAAGCCAUAUAUGAACUCCGAGAAAUGAUUUAUGAACGUGGUGAAUGUACCCCUCAUCGCAUGGAUGACGAAUUCUUAAUCAAAUUCCUGCGCGCGCGCAAGUUUAUCCCGAGGAGGGCUCAUAGAUUGCUUGUAAACUACUAUCAAUUCAAAGAAGACAAUCCAGAAUUGUUCAAGGACGUCUUCCCUCUUGACUUAAGGAAAAUUGGAGAUGCUGGUGUGAUCACCGUACCUCCAUACAGGGACCAAGGCGGACGCAGACUGCUGUUCUAUAGAAUAGGUUGUUGGAACCCGAAGGUGGUACCCGUGGAAGACUUGUUCAAAGCGACCAUCAUGGCUAUGGAGCUAGGUUUGCUGGAGCAGAGGUCGCAGAUAUUGGGUGGAGUAGCUGUGUUCGACCUGGAAAAUAUUGGCACCCAGCACGCGUGGCAGAUCACACCCUCAGUCGCAUCCAAAAUAGUCAAACUUAUGGUGUCAUGUUUCCCGCUAACGACGCACGCCAUUCACAUCAUCAACCACUCGUGGCUGUUCGACAAGAUCUACAAUAUCUUUAAACCCUUGUUGAACGCCUCCAUGCGCUCCAGGAUCUACUUCCAUGGCCACGACUACAAGUCCUUGCACAAACACAUAGACCCAGAGCACUUGCCAGAGAGGUACGGUGGAAAAUGGCCAGAUUAUUCUUACACCAUCUGGUUAAAUUCUUUGAAGAAGAACUUUAACGUGGCGAAAGAAGUCAUCAGUUAUGGGUACAAAUUCCGUGAAGAAGAAGUGGAUCCUGAGGUAGUGAGGCAGCUAAAAGCAGAAGGUGUUAAGUUGUAUUAAGACUCAUGAUAGUCAACGAGUCCUGGACUUUUUAAUAGUGUUAUGAGAGUGGUGUUCUUGUAUUGUUGUGGCUUAUGUGCAUUUGGAUAUAAGAAUAAUUAAUGAUUAAAAUUAUUCUCGGAGUCUAUCUGGAUUAGUAUAACAAAGCGGAUAAUAUUUUUUUAAAUAGAGAUUAUAUAUCAUUGUUUUAUACAACAUGUUAUAGGUAUUAAAAUAGCCAAAUUGAUUUAUUUCUGUCUUUACGCCUUAGCCCUUGACGUUUGCUAUUAAAACUUACUUUAGUAGUUUUGAAAUUUUGACUUACAAUUUUAUUUUUUUCUUAUUGAUUUACUCAAGAAUUGGUAGUUCAGUAUUUAGUAGGCAGUCUGCCAAUCCACGUGUUGGAUAAAUUUGGGUUUAUGGUAUCAAAAUUUUAAUCCUAGGUGUUUGAAAAAUGGGACUAAUUAUAAACGAAUAUAAGAUUUUUUCUACAGAUUAUGUUAUUACAUAUUUAGCACCAGCUAAUAAAUUACCACCAGCUAAUAAAUAUCCAAAAUUUAUUAUUAUAAAUUUUGGAUAUUUAUUAGCUGGUGGGUCCUUCAACAAUCAAUAUUAUAGUGUAAAUCAGUAUGUUACAUGUUUAAAUUCGUUUAAGAUCCCAUAAUAGCUUUUUCUUCUGUCAUUCCUAAGUUAGAUUAGUUAUUUUUGGAGUCUAACUUGAGAUUUUUAGCUUUGUAAGAUAAAGUAGUUACUGAUUCAUAUGAUAGAAACUUUUUAAGCUAAUACUUGUUUCAUUUUGACCUGAAAGCAAUAGUUUACAAUUAUUCAUUUGAAUCAGUUGGUUAUUAAAUUAGUAUUUUUGUUUUUUUUUGUUCUUAAAUAAGUUCUUUAUGAUGUAAUUACUAAAAAGUUAAAGCGUACUAUACACGAUUAGUCUACUUACUUACUUUUUCUUUUAUAUAUUUUUUUAAUUUUAUCAAUUUUUUCCAUGUUUAAAUUAUCUUUGUGUCGAUUAUAAUGAUGAAAGUCAGUUAGUUUUCUCGACUUAUCUUGUGCCUAUAGUAAACUUUAAGAACAUUGAGAGAAUUCGUCAAAAAACCUGUGAUAGAUGUAAAUACACGUUUAGUUCGUAAGUUACUUUUUAUAUUCAAGUACUGCUUAAUGUAUGCUUAGCAAUAAUAGAAAAGUUUAAAAUAAA